UUCUUCUUGAUAGGCUUAGGUCCCAUGAACAGAUCAGCAACACAUGUAACUGGGUUUGUUCUCCUGGGAUUCCCUGGUUCCUGGAAGAUACAGAUUUCCCUCUUCGCAUUGCUCUUGGUGGCUUAUGUCUUGACCUUGCUGGGAAAUGGCGCCAUUGUCUGCGCGGUGAGAUGUGACCCACGACUGCACACUCCCAUGUACUUUCUGCUGGGAAACUUUGCCUUCCUAGAGAUCUGGUAUGUCUCCUCCACCGUUCCCAACAUACUGACCAACACGCUCUCCAAGACGAAGGUCGUCUCAUUCUCUGGGUGCUUCCUUCAGUUCUAUGUCUUCUUUUCGCUGGGCACGACUGAAUGUCUCUUCCUGGCAGUAAUGGCCUAUGACCGGUACUUGGCGAUCUGCCGCCCCCUGCACUACCCCACCCUCAUGACACGCAGGUUCUGUUGCGUGCUGGUGUCCUCGUGCUGGCUCGCUGGCUUCCUGGGGUAUCCGAUACCCAUUUAUUUCAUCUCCCAGCUACCUUUCUGUGGUUCUAACAUCAUCGAUCACUUCUUGUGUGACAUGGACCCACUGAUGGCUCUGUCUUGUGCCCCAGCUCCAGUUACUGAAACUAUUUUUUAUGCUCAGAGUUCCUUUGUUCUCUUCUUCACUAUUGUGUACAUUCUCCGGUCCUAUAUUCUUCUGCUUAGGACUGUUUUCCAGGUGCCUUCCAGAUAUGGGCGAUGGAAGACCUUCUCCACCUGUGGCUCUCAUUUAGCUGUGGUGUCUCUUUUCUACGGGACGGUCAUGGUGACGUAUGUGAGCCCUACCUACGGCAUCCCCACGUUGAUGCAGAAGGUCCUCACGCUGGUGUACUCGGUAAUGACGCCUCUCUUUAAUCCCCUGAUCUAUAGUCUUCGUAAUAAGGACAUGAAACUUGCCCUGAGAAGCAUCCUGUGUGGAAUGAGAGCUGGUAAAAAUUUAUGA